AUGGCCGACAUUGAAUACCUGAAGAGUCUCCAGGCGGUCCGGGAACGGGCCCAGCUGGUCCUGCAAGCUGCCAGCAGGGACGAGCUCAGUCAUUUCCACUACGACGCUGCGAAGAUGUCGACGGUGGCGGAAUUUGUCACUGGCAUUAUCACUCGAGACUUUGGUCCGGACAAGUUUGACAGAAUUCCUCCUCACGGCCGAUGGCAACACUUUGAUAUUGGAAAUGUCCCUAGGGUCGACCAGCUCAUUGAGAAAUGGGAGAUUGCGGGAUGCGAUCAGCUUGAAGUCACACGCCGCCUGGUUGAUCUCUUCUUUAUCUCCGUUCUGCUAGACGCUGGUGCUGGGGAUCUGUGGAAGUUCACCGAGCCCGGUACUGGCCAAGCAUACGGGAGGAGCGAGGGAAUCGCGGUCGCAUCGAUGUAUAUGAUGACAGCUGGCGCGUUUUCUGGCCAGACGGGAAACCUUCUCCGGGUUGAUGGACACGGCCUGGGUGCUUUGACGGUCGACACAUUCAGGAAGCAUUUUCAGAUCAGCGCAGAGAAUCCAAUUCUCAGCGACACAUCCCGUGUCAGCCUGCUAAACAGCGUCGGUGCAUCUCUAUUGGCGCUGCCGAAAUUCUUUGGUACGGACGGCCGGCCAGGACAGCUCGUUGACUACUUGCUUCGAACGCGAAACGGGUCGGAACAACUGGACUUUGACGUUCUGUGGUCCGUUCUGCAGGAACUCCUCCUACCCGCUUGGCCUAAAGACCGCACCCAAGUCGCAGGGGUCCCGGUUGGGGAUGCCUGGCCCCUCCAGGUUCUCGAGAGCGUUAAUACCAAUCAGGCAGGUCGAAGUGACGCGCUACGCAUACAACCGUUUCAUAAGCUGACCCAAUGGCUGGCGUAUUCCAUCACGGUGCCUUUCCUGCGGGUUCUGGGCCUAGAGUGGAAGAAUGUCGAACGCGCGACCGGGCUGCCAGAGUACCGUAAUGGCGGCCUGUUUAUUGACCUGGGGGUUCUCAAGCUGAGGGACCAGACAUUGAGGCAAGGGCUAGAGUCCUCAAAUCAAGAAAUCCCGAGUUUUCCAGCCAGCAGCGAUGUCAUCGUGGAAUGGCGAGCAAUGACAGUCGCUUUACUCGACGAGCUUCACAAGCUAGCCAGUGAGCACUUCGGACGUCAGGGAAUUAAACUGAGUCUUCCACAGAUGUUGGAAGCCGGAACUUGGAAAGGAGGCCGGGAACUCGCAGCGCAGUUGCGCCCUCAAACCAGGUCCAGCCCUAUUCUGAUCCAGGGGGAUGGGACGCUGUUCUAA